GAGAUGCAGAUUACCCAUGCCUCAUUUCCAUCCUUAUCUAACAGUCAGAUCUUGCGCCCCUGCACCCGUCCCUUGGAUGUCAACGGAAGCCCCUCUCCCCUCCUCUGGUGCUCCCUUGCUAGUAUAUUUGUCCUUGUGGGUCUGGAGGCUGCUGGUUUCCCUGUACUCCCUCCCAGAAGGCAGGCAGCCAUCGUCAGGGCAAGGAAAGGCAAGGAAGGCACAGUGGGCGGCAAGGCAGGAAGCACACAACACAGGGUGCAAUCAACAGCUCUGAAAGGGCAUGAGGCACAUUCCAGGGGAAACGUCUAGUUUCCUGUCCGCUUGUCCGGUUCAGGGUCAAGAUUUGAGACUGCAGGUUUUCCGUCUGUAUUAGGGUUUUAGAGACUUAGAGGAGAGUGUGGUGUGUGUCUCUCUGAGUCUGCCUUAGCGCGCCCUCUCUCUGUCUCAGUCUGAUUUAGAAGUUAACAGAGUCAGAGUGGUGUGAUUCUCUCAUUGGGUUUAUUCAUGGAUCUCCUCAGGGAGAGCUCAGCAGUUCAGACCCUCAGGAGACGAAUGAGCAAGAGAAACAUGACUUCAGCAGAGAUCUCCUGGCCCAUCCCCAUGAGGGCCAUCGGGGCCCAGAACCUGCUCACCAUGCCAGGGGGUGUGUGCCACUCUGGGUAUGUGCACAAGAAAGGAGGGAGCCAGUUCAGCCUUAUGAAGUGGCCUCUUCGCUACUUAAUCAUCCACAAGGGAUGUGUGUAUUACUUCAAGAGCAGCACCAGUCCUGCACCGCAAGGAGCUUUCUCUCUCAAUGGCUACAACAGGGUGAUGAGGGCAGCAGAAGAGACCACCUCCAGUAACGUGUUUCCCUUCAAAAUUGUCCACUUCAGUAAGAAGCACCGUACCUGGUACUUCUCAGCAGCCAGUGAGGAUGAGAGAAGGAAAUGGAUGCGAAAUCUGCGGAAAGAAAUUGAUCACUACAAUGACAGAAGGGAUUCACAUGUUUCAAGUGACUCCGAAUCUGAUGCAGACAGCUUCUAUGGAUCGAUCGAGCGCCCCAUGGACAUAACCCAUACCGCAGAUGACCCAGAAGGCAAUUACAUGUUAGAGGAUGAAGACGACGAUGAGGAUGACUAUGAAAAACCAGAUAGCCCAUCAACACCUACAGGAAGGCCAACCGUUCCACCACCAUCCUACCCACCUCCUCCAGUCCCAUGCCAGUUCAUACAAGAGUCCAUGUCAGGAUUGCAAAGGUCUCCCCCUCCUGUGCUCGGCCCCAUCAGGAGCCCCACCAGCCCCCUUCCAAAGAAACCGCCAGCGCCCUUACCUCCACCCAAGCUCGGUGAGGUCAGCCACAACCACCAUGGACACAAGACCAUCCCAAAUAAGGGCCCCCCUCAACUUCCCCCCAUCCACCUCAAGCCUAGCCCAGAGAGGAGUGCAUGGAGUCCUAAGAGCCCGAUCCCCCCUCCCCCUCCCAUGGCCAACCCAAAGAAGCAGGCAAUGAUGGGGCAGAUGUCAAUCUCCACCACAGCUGGGGGGAAACAUAAAGACAGAAUGCCCCCUGUUCCAAUGACCAUGCAGUCUCCCGCCACCCUGAUCAUCUGCAGCGACCUGGAAAGGAAGAUGGUGCUGCACUCCAGCCCAAGUCCACCGGGUUUUCGUGGCAACAAACCCAGUCACGUUCCGGGCAUGCCAAACUACUGCCUCAGCUCCAGACCAGCUCCAGAUCUCCCACCACAGGCCUUGCCAGCACUGAACCACACCAAGCCUGGACUGUACAAACCACCCCUGGUACCCAAACUUCCAUGUCCUGCGGCCAAGCCUAAACCACCUGGAGGGUCAGCACAAAGAUCUUCUCCAGAUGGACAAAGCUUCCGGACCCCAGUGGACGAGGUUCCUGUCUGUUUAAGAAAGAGCAGGGAUCCAUCCAAGGACACUGACUAUGACUCUGAUGAAGACUAUGAGAAUAUGCAAUUACCAGAUUCUGUGUUCCUGGACACAACAGAAACAAGCAGUGUUGAAAAGUUAUUUAAGGAAAGCUCCAGAACACCACAGGAUGGUCUCUACUGCUUCAGGAACUCAGGAACAAAAACAUCAAAGGUGCUGGUGGUGUGGGAUGUGAGUGUGUGCAAGGCCAGAAACUACAGGCUCUUUGAGGAGGACUCCCGGCUGUUCCUGGAGUUAGAGAUGACAUUUCCCUCCCUGUCAGCCCUAGUGGAGCACUACCAUAGCCACCCACUACCCAAUCACGGCUCUCUGUGUCUGCAGAAGCCAUAUGGUUACAUCGUGCCAAGGUGACCUUGCCACGACCCCGUCCUGAGGUCACGGCCUCAUCUGCUCAUAUGAAGUCUCUCCUCUUUGGCGUCUACCAUGGUUCUGCCACUGCAAUGAACUACAGUAGAAACUUACUACGGCUGAAACACAAUCACAGUGCCCACUGUAAAGCAAGGCAGAUUGUUGCAUCUCUGUAACCGAGCCUGAGUAAAUGUUGGAGUGGUGCUGGUGAAUAUCCUGGCAUGGCCAGAGGUGCAACGAGUGCAGAUGGUUGCAGUUGUUGAAGAAAAUAUGGCAUCUGUGACAAUGAGGGCAAUGAGCUGUAUAGGUCUUCCUGUAUGCUCAACUGGAGUGCCACAGGUUUACAGAACACAGUUGUACUAUGUGAGGACUACUGCAGGAAUAGUGCUGUAAAGGUCUGUCAUUACACUUGAUAGCAGCAGGCAGGUGAACUGCUGUUGUGUUGUGAAGAAUACAUGUUGGAGCAAGCAAAUGUUAAGAUUUGUGGGUUGAAUGCACAUGAAUGUCAGAAUAUUAAGCACUGCUUAUGUAUCAUGCAUUGAGGACCAACUUAUUCUACAAAUCAAGUUGAUGAAACGUAUCAUAUUAUCUUCAGAAACAAUUUAUUAUUCAGACCACAACGCAAACGCUCUACCUCCCUAUUUACUCUUUUACCUCUCUGUCUGUCUCUUUCUCUCUUUACUUCACCAUCCCUCCCUCCCUCCCUCCCUCCCUCCCUCCCUCCCUCCCU